AUGACAUUUUAUACAACAGAUUUGGGAGCCACCACUUCAGGGGUCUCGAUAGCUCAUGUAAAUGAUCCAUUUAAUAUCAUUACCGUUUUAUCCUGGGACGAUUCGAAAGAACCUUCUGAAACAUUUUUUUCUUCAAUUCUGUACUCGAAGGAUGGGAACGAUACCCCAAAAUGUGGUAUGCAACGCGACGAUGCCAAUGAUGUAGGUGUUUACGUAGAUAACAUCAGUCAAUAUCUUCUUGACAUCGAUGCUUCAGAUGAAAAGCUUGGCCAACUGAUGGAUGGUUUAACCGUCAGAAAAGUUAUUACUGAUUAUUUGAAAGAUUUUGUUCAACUUGCCCUCAAAAGAUUACAGGUUCACGACAAACUUAUUAAAAAUGAGUACUUUCAAGAAUUUGCUAACGAAGAGUUUAUUGAAGAAGAUAUUAAAACUAUAUGUUAUUGCCUCGUUUGUCCAACCGAUCGACAAGAAUUUAUGAAAGACUGCUUUAUUGAGGCAGGAAUUAUCGAGGAGUCUGAAGCUGAGCACCGGCUUUCAUUUGUCAUCCAAGCUGUUGCUAUAGCUCAUUACCAACUUUCCCUUGACAGAAACGAGACCGGAAUUGAAAACGAUCAGUAUUAUUUUGUUUUAGACAUAAGCGACAUCUCUAUUGGAAUUGCAAGAAUUCAUGCCGCUUCCACUGAAUCGCUGAGUACUAUUACGGGAAUUUCUGACGAUAUCACACAAGGCUUUCUAAAUCUAGACAUCAAGUUCAAAGAAUAUUUGAUAGAAAAUAUGACAGCGUUAAAAUUAGAUACUUCACUCAUUGAUCAACUUAUCCAGACUUUUUCCGACAAAAUUAAGUAUAGGUUUAAUAUGAAUACUCCAACAAGGACUGCUAUCUUACAAAAGAAUGUUGAUGGAAAUCUUAUUGAAUUUACAUAUGCAGAUUUAAAUAGAAUUGUCUUGAACCCAUUUAUCGAGGGCAUACAUGAAUUGGUAGCAAAAGCAAAUAAAACUCAUGGUCAACACAAGAUGUUUCUCUCUGCAAAUGGUAGUAUUGGUGAAUACUUUGUUGAAAAUCUUAUAGCCAGAGAGAAGGGUAGGUUGAAAUUAUAUUAUCAUGCUAAAGGAGUUUCCUCGGGCGCUGUCUCUUCAAAAAUAAGCACCUACAAAUCUCAAAUCUCCUUCUUUUUUAAUGAUGAACACCAGCCCCUAUUUUCUGAUAAAAAAGGGCCCUUGCGAGAAACAACGAUAGAGGAACCUACUGAUAAUAACAAUGAAAAUGAUGCCUAUGACUUUAUUGUUGGAAUUGAUUUUGGUACAAUUUUUUCUGGGUGCUCUUAUGUUCAACUUAAGGAUAAGAGUGGAAUACCUGUGGAUACCAAAGAAAUCAAGACCAUAAAAACGGGGUGGCCAGGAGGCAAUUUAAAUACGUUCGGAAAGACCCCAACCUUAUUAAUGUACGAUAUGAACAUGAAUCCACAAUAUUGGGGCGAAGUAGCAAGACUUGAAUCCAAACGUCAUAAAGACCUCGACCUUUUAGGAAAUUUCAAAUUGUUUUUAUGUCCAAAAUCUUUGGAGAAUUUUUAUGAUCGCACUGAUAAUCUGGAAGAACUGAAAGGACAAGGAGGUUUUGUUGAUGACAGAACCCCAAAAAACGUAACGGAUGUGGUCAAAAUUAUAGCUGAUUAUCUCAAGCUUUUCAAAAAUCAUGUUAUUGAGUAUAUCGUUAGUAAAGAAAUGGAGGAAAAAUUUGGUUAUUUUACCAGGGCAAGGCUUUUGAAAAAACACAAGAUUAAAUACGUGAUUACUGUACCUGCUAUGUGGAAUUCAUUAGCCCGCAAUACCAUGGCGCAAGCUGCAAUUAAGGCUACAAUUAUUAAAAAAGAUGAGAUCGACCAGCUUUUUAUUAUCAGUGAACCUGAGGCAGCAGCAUUGUUCUGUAUGAAGAGAAUGACCGAAAACUUUAAAAAAGAAGAUGAAGAAUUGAACGAUACGAACUUUAUUGUAUGUGAUGCUGGUGAAGGAACUGUAGAUCUGGUCACAUUUAAUUUACAGCUUAACAAUGAAGAAGGCGGUACACCUACCACAAAACCAAUAAUCUGUCAAAUCGGUGACGGUAUUGGUGAUAUCUGCGGUUCAACUUCUCUUGACGUGAGAUUUAAAAAUUAUCUCCACAAAUUUUAUAAGAGCUUUGGAGUAGAUAUAGACAAAGAAAAUAUCCUUCUUGACGGUGUAAUGAAUGAUUUUGUGAAAAAUUAUAAGCUUAAAUUUAUGCCUAAUUUGCAAGACGGCUCUUAUUACGAUAUUAAUUUGCCUGGAAAGGGAAUUAGAAAUUAUACUAGCGAUUCUACCUAUAGGAUGACUAAUGCGAAUAAAACGCUGAAAAUGAAGAACCAAGUUAUGAAAGAGCAAAUAUUCGACCCAGUAGUUGAUCGUAUUUUUUACCUUAUCGAUGAUCAGUUAAGCCAAGCUAAAAAACUAGACAGACGAAUUGACGCAAUUCUGAUGGUCGGUGGUUUUUCUCAAUCCCCAUACUUGAAACAAAGCAUCAAAGACAGGUAUAAAGGUAUGUAUCGUGUAAGCUUUCCUACCGGAUGUGUUGAAACUAUAUCCUACGGUGCAGUAUGUUACGGCCUAAAUCCGCGUACGAUAUUAAGAACAACUGCUACACAAUCCCUUGGAUUAGAGGUACAGGCACCAUUUGAUAAAAUCUUACCAGUUUCAAGUAAGAGGAUAGUGAAAGGUCCCGAUGGAGAUUGGAAUUUUGAAAAAGACCGUAUAGAAUAUUUUGUAAAAAAAGGCCAUAUCUUAAAUAGCGGGCAACACACGGUAUAUAAGAAAGAUGUAUAUGUUCUAUAUCCCAACGCUGCAGUAAUAGUUGGAAUAGAUGGGAGAUUAAUUCACUUCACGAUCAUUCUUCAAAUGACGCAUAUUAAAGUCACUGUUGGUAUCGAAUGUAAAGAUCAACUAAUUAAUGCAGAAGUUCGAAAAAUCACCAAAAAUCGAAGGUCCUCUCUUGAAAUUAAGCACAUAUGUAGCCCAAAUGUAGCACGCUUCAAACGGCCGCUGGUCUCAUAUUCAUUAAAAAAAACCGACUAUCUGUUUAACAUUAGAGAGGCCUUACAAAAGCAAUAA